AUGAAAAACCUCAUCCUCGGACUCGUUUUUCUUUGUGGAGUGGCUGUUGCCCACAAGCAGAAGAUGAUGGAAUCGAACAGAGUGAUGGUCGAAGACGUCGGAAGCAACUCGUGCGACGAGUGCAAGCUGGUCAUCGAGAAGAUCGCCGAGGCCGCCAAGGACCCGAAGAAGCUCGAGGAGCUGAAGAUUGUGCUCGGCAUGCUGUGCAGAGAGACCUCCUACGCCGACGAGUGCCGUCUUUUCGUCUCGCAGCUCGACAAGUUCAUCGACAAGCUCCAGCCAUACCUUGUUAGUUAUCAACCUUUUCGAAUAAGCGAGCAGUAAGGAAUGUUUCAGAAGGACCCGCAAGCCGUCUGUGCCCGUCUCCACAUCUGCGGAAACAAGAGAAUCGACACUUUCCGCCGUCUUCUUCUCGAUUUCGCCAAGCGCGCCGAGAAGGUUACUUCCGGAGCCGUGAGUUCUUUCUUUCCCCACCCUUCUCAACUGAUCCGUUCCCAGCCAGCCAUCGUCUGUGACGAAUGCGAGUUUGUCGUGAAGGAGUUGAAGACUGCCGUCGAGAACAAGAAGAUGCAGACCGAUGUUCGUGAUUUCCUCCGCGAGAAUGUGUGCAAGAACCUCGGACAGUACAGAGGAUUCGUGAGUUCCUUCCCUCAGUUGUCAGCUGAAACUCUUUGUUUCAGUGCGAUUUGGUUGUUGACGAGUACCUCCCGCAGUUCAUCCAAGAGGUUGAUGCCAUCCUCGAGAACCCACACCAGGUAACGACUUCUGAUGGUUUUACACAACGAAUCCCACCAUUCAGGUCUGCGUCGAUGUCCACGCUUGCGAGGCCGCCGGAAACUACAAGGCUCGCAAAUAUGUGGGUCUUCCAGGAUGGUUCCAGCGAAACUUCCUCUAAAAGUUUCCCUUUUAUGUAUGCUUAUUUUCCCUAUCAUUCUGUAAACUUUUCCUUUGUCACUGAUGAAAGUAAAUCCGCAUAUUACCUAUUGUACGUGACGUUUUCCCUUUGCUUCUUUCACAGAAUCAACCUGGAACAUAAGAAAAUAUUCAGACGUACUCUACCGAGGAAAACAAGAAAACCGAAGAUGAAGUUGAGAAGUUCUGGAACGGAAUGACGAUGAAGAACAAGAAGGGACAGGUGACCUUUUUUUCAAAGUUCCGUUUGCUUUCGCGCAUUUUGAGUGGAUUCAACACAGCUGGGGAUACCACCUGGCACUUUAUUCAUCUAAUUUUACAUCUGUUACGACACGUUCAUCAAUUAAAAAAGGAAACAUUCAAAGAUAUGUAAUGUAGACGUUCGGAAUCUGGACCGUGGUGGUUGGGAUGACGGUGAUCUGUGGAGCCGGCAGUUCGUGGCGGGAGAUGUAGGCCGACACUCCCCCUUCCUCCAUCCUGACCGGACGACGGUACGAAUCCUUGUUCGAUUGGCGUUCGCCGUCGAAGAUGUGCGGGAAAAGAUCCUUCGCUUCGGAAACAUCCUCUUGGUCGAGGAAAGCGAGGAGACGAGCGAUGUACUCGGCGGCUUCUCUGAUAAUGAGAUGGAUAAGAGAAGGGAUGAUUGAGCGCAAGGGGUACCUGAGUAUUUGAACGCGGGAGAGUCGCAUCUUGAAGUUCGAGGGCGGCAGAAGACCCAGCAGGACAUCGAACAUACCGUUCAUCUCGGAAACGCGCCUUCUCUCGCGACUGUAAACAGUUUCAUCAGAUGACAAAUGAAUUAUAAAGAAAAACGGAGCUUACUAGUUGGCGCGAACUCGCUUUUCUCCUUCCAGAUGAGUCGGCAUUAUAAAGUAGCGAGUGAUGAGCGAGUGAGGCAGAUGCAGCACCGUUUUUGGCGCACAAAAAGGGAGACGAUCAGCUCGACGGCGCCACCUGCCACGCACAUGGCACUUACCCGUCUGACCGGGGCGUCAGUAAAUAGAAGAUAAAAAAGGGUUGUAGGUCCUUGCAAUGUCCUGCUUCGAGUGCAAACUUGUCGUCGAUUCGAUGCAAGAGGACAUGAUCGGAAACCGAGUAUGAGUACAGGGGAAUGGGGGAAAAAGUAGAAAAUAUAAUUGCAGAAGAAGCUGUCGGAUGACGUGAGAGACUUUGCGUGCUACAAGAUUGUCACCGCCAACAUGACCGCUUCCUGCAUCGACUUCCUCGAUCUGUACCUGCCGACUGUCAUCCAGAUGACCAUCGAGCAAGUGACUCCGUUGGGAGUGUGUCAGGCCAACAAGUGCUGUACAUCAAGUGCUGGUGAGACAUUUCUGCUGUUCCGACAGAAAUCAGACGUUCCUUUUUUCAGCUAAGCCACUCAGAGGCUUCUCUUAUCAAGAGAUCCAAGCCGAAAAGUGCCCGACUAUGGGUUCUCUGGAGUCUUAUGUGGAGUCCAAUCUGAUUGGAAGCCCGAUGGAAAAGUAUUUCGAGAAUUCUCUGAUGGAUAUGUUCUGCUCUCGCUCCCUCUCCUUCUUCAAACCAACUGUAAGCUGAAAAGUAUAUAAAACCAAUGCUUCAUUUCCAUUUCAGUGCCAACAAAUCAUGUCUUCUGUCGCCCCGAAGUUGGUCAGUUUGACUGCCGUUCUGGCCAAACAGAACAAAUUCAGCCAGGCUGUAAGUUUUCGGUUAUUCCUGCGAACAUACUAAAUCCCUCCGUUUUCAGCUCCUCUGCUAA